AACUAGGAAAAAAUGCCAAAGAAUUAAAAGGAAAACUAGUAAAGCAUUCUUCACUGGAAGCCAAGGGAAGUGGUGUUUGCAUCGCUCAGUCACAGAAAAUCCCACGUGAGCCGAGACCUGGAGAAUUUGAAAAAAUUAUCAGACGCCUGCUAGAAACACCUAAUGCUCGGGCGGUGAUAAUGUUUGCCAACGAAGAUGAUAUCAGGAGGAUAUUAGAAGCAGCAAAAAAAUUAAACCAAAGUGGGCAUUUUCUUUGGAUCGGCUCAGAUAGCUGGGGGUCCAAAAUAGCACCCGUUUAUCAGCAGGAGGAGAUUGCUGAAGGGGCUGUGACGAUUUUGCCCAAAAGAGCAUCAAUUGACGGGUUUGAUCGAUACUUUCGAAGCCGAACUCUUGCCAAUAAUCGAAGAAAUGUGUGGUUUGCAGAAUUUUGGGAGGAGAAUUUUGGAUGCAAAUUAGGAUCCCAUGGAAAAAGGAACAGUCAUAUCAAAAAAUGCACAGGGCUGGAGCGAAUUGCACGGGAUUCAUCUUAUGAACAGGAAGGGAAGGUCCAGUUUGUAAUCGACGCAGUGUAUGCCAUGGCGUAUGCCCUACAUAACAUGCACAAAGACCUCUGCCCUGGGUACAUUGGCCUGUGCCCACGAAUGAGUGCCAUCGAUGGGAAAGAGCUGCUUGGUUAUAUCCGGGCUGUAAAUUUUAACGAAAAUGCUCAACAGGAUUCGAAACAGUUCCCCUUUGGAUCAGAAGUGUGAGUUUUUUCCACCUGCUGUUAAAUCCCAAACAUAUUUUUCUUGUGCUACUCUUAAUCUGCUCCUGAAAGAUGCAGAAGUUAAAAAUAAGCUCUACCAAUCAAAAUAGUCUACUUAAAUGACACUAUUUCAGAAAUAA